AACGGAUGGAAACGGUCGCGGUGUAAAGAACGGCAGCAGCAGCAGCAGCCAGCAAGCAGCAGCCGUAGAUACACACCACAAGCGCUCUCGAGCAGACAUACCAGCGAGACCAGUGCUGCCCAAGCCGCUCAACGCCAAACGUCCAACGCACCGACCGUUGCUGUGCGGGCGUUGUGUGUGUGUGUGUGUGUGUGCCUGUGUAUGAGUGUGUGAACAAGAACAGCAGAGCAGUUAGCAGCAUUUAUAGACAUCUUUCUAUCAGACAAAAGCGAAGGGGUUCCGUGUCUGCUGGGUGCGACAGUUUUUAGCAGCGGUCAGACAAAAGCGCGCCCCGGAGUGCGUGUCUGUGAGAGGAAAAAAACCGUCUCUUUUUUUUGGCUGGUAGGAAAAUCUUCAUCGCCCACUCGGUUUGUGUGUUUGUGUUGCCGAAAGGGGUGCUGCGGCGCGAACGUGAAAAAAAAGGAGCACCGCAAACCAGCAGCAGGCAGCAGUUUUCCGGGAUUUUCCAUUCACCAAUCAAACUGAACAGUGCGUACGGCCGUGCCAACGAUAAACAGGAAGAAGCAACGAGAGAGAGAGAGAGCGAGAGCAGAAGAAAUCAUCCAUUGAUUUGUGCCCUGCUUUGUGGUCUUUCUGCUCUGCCCUUCCGAGACAGGGAAAAGAAGAAGAAGAAGAAGAAGAAGAAAAAGCAGCAGCAAGUGGCAGCUUUUGGCUGAAAACGCGUGAAAACCGGUUUCCUUCCCCCCCCCCCCCCCCCCAAUAGUUCCAGGCUGCACGGGGUCGGCUUCUUCAUCGUCGCCUACCGAACGAAAAAUCAACGGGUCAAGUUUUUAAUUUUUUCAAAUUUUUGGCGUGGUCGUGUCGUUUGUUUGCUCUGUCAAUCGAAUCAGGACACGACCAGCAGCAGCGAGCGGGGGGAAAUAUUAUCCGUGCGUGCGUGCGUGCGUGCGUGCACGCCUGUGUGUGUGUGUGUGCGUGUGUGUGUUGGUGAAAAUGAGUUGUGUGCAGUUUCGCUAGUGGUGCAGCACAAAAACAACGCGCAGAUCGUGUGGAAGCGAGCGAGCAUGCUUUCCAGUUGGAAUUUCCAGUGCGGGCAGGAGCAGCAGUAAGGCGCCGCUUCAGACCCACGGACCAACGGUGGCCCGGUCCCGUCUGCUGGGUACACAAUGUUUGCCCCAACGGUGGUGCCCCAGUGCGUUCCAGCGUCGUUACGAGGCAGCAGCACCAGCAGCCGAAGGAGACACAAGUGAAUCGCACCGACACACUCCCUUUUUUUGCUGUGUGUGUGUGUAUGUGUGCGCUUUUCUUUCCCUGUUCGACCAUCAGCCUCAAACACCCUUCCCAAAACGAGAGAAAGAGCGAGGGAAAAAAAGAGAAAACACAGGAACGAAGCGCAGAAUCAACAACACACAUACACCGACCGUCGCGGCGUCGUACAGAUUUCUGCAAGCAGCGGCAGAGGCCGGCCAGCUAGCCUGCUGGUUCGAAGAUGCUGAGCCAGGAGCGCGGGCUGAUGUUUCCAUUCGUUCCUAAACCGAGGCCGUUUCGACCGGUGCGAUAAUACAGCAGCAGCAGCAGCAGCAAGUGGCUGCGAGACGUGCUAGAAGCCAAACAGCAACAGCAAAACGAAAGGCGAAAGCAAGAAGAAUAAUUAAAAGGAUAAGAAAAACCGCGCUGCCAAAAAAAAAAGCAACAAACCACACACCGAAACCACCCACCCACCCCCUCCGAGAGGCGCACGCUUGGGGCUUGGUGGUUUUGAUUGGUUGGUUGGCUGGUUGGUGCCCCCCCGGUUGUCGCGGACCCCGCAGAGCGAGCCAGCUCCAGAUCCGGCAGCCACCACCCCAACACAAUACAUACAUAUACAUAUAUACAUAUACAUAUACCUAUAUAUAUACAUACACAUAUAUAGACAUAAAAAAAAAUAUAUAUAUAUAUCGGGCCAGCCAAGAUGACGAUGAAAUCGAUGAAGUAUAACGACUGCGACACCAUCAUGGACGGUUACAAUCCGGCACCACCGCCACUGCCCCGGAGGGUACCGCCGGCGCGAAACAUUUACGCGGAACCGUUUGCGACCGAAUCCACCACGAACAGACUACAAUCAGCGGCGCAGCUGCAGCAGCAACAGCAGCAGCAGCAGCACCAGCAUCAGCAGCAGCACCAGCAGCACCAGCAGCUCCAGUCGCAGCAGCAACCGAUACCGCAGCUGGCACAAUCCAUGACUAAUACGCACAUCACCACCGGCUCCCGGCUGGGCGGCUCGUCCUCCCUGGUGAUGCCCGUGUUUCCACUCCGAACGGGCGGUACCGCCCACACGCCCCAUUACUCACCUUACUCGCCAUCAAGGUUUCGUAUCGAUAAAAGCUGUCAGCAUCGUUGCUCCUGGAAGUGUUUUAGCAUCGCCUUAAUCUUGGUUACAAUAAUUCUGUCCGCAACACUGACGUAUUUUGCAGCAACGAGCUCGAUGAAGUCCAACCUCGACUCGGCCAACUGCAUACUG